AUUUGACCCCAACACCUCAAACGACAAUGGAACUUGUCAGGCGUAGUGCCAACCCCCAUCUCUUAUCAGGCGUGCUAUCCACGGUCGCCAAGACUGCCGUGGCACGCCACGGUGCUGCACUGCUGCACAUGGACGCUUUUCGUGCGGACUUCGAGGCCAACGCCAUCUCCAUGGACGAGGUGCGCGAAAUUGCCCACAACGACCCCACGCCCAUGUCUCUCCAGCAGAUGCGCACGUUCGCUGAUGGUAGCACUAAGCUGCGUCUUGUGGCGGCCAAGUUCGUGCACAAGGAGCUGCAGUCGAGGUACGCACGAGCCAUCAUGGAGCUGUCCGACUUGCCCAUGGGUCUGAGCGAGACCACGUCCGUGCGCCACGCUAUCAACUUCUAUCGCUAUGAACUGCAAAGUAUCAAUCGCAUGAAGUCGCCCACAAAUGCCGCAGAGGACCUGGUAUUCACACAGAAGAUCCGCAACGCCAAGGAGCGCGGCUCGAACCUCGUGCCGCUCAUCUGCUACGGUCUCCAGGAACUUAAGGCCACGGAUCUGGGCCAGAGUGCACUGCAGCUGGAAAGCGUGCAGGAGGACAUCAAGGACCGAUUGGACAAGUUCUUCCUUGGUCGCAUUGGUAUCCGCAUGAUCAUCGGACACCACGUCGAGUCGCUGGAGCACACUGGUGGCCGUGUGCAUUUGGUUAAUGCCGAGCAGGUCGUCCGUGAUGCGUGUGAACAAGCACGGAGACUAUGCGUGCAAUACUGUGGUGCGGCACCUCUCAUUCAGAUUCGUGUGACUCCCAGCACCAAUAUGCCUUUCAUGUAUGUCGAAUCGCACCUUCACCACAUGGUCUUCGAGUUGGUCAAGAACUCGAUGCGUGCCACAGUGGAGCACCACCGUUCUCGGUUUCAGCUUCCGCCACAAGGCAAAAUGAACCGCUUCGAGCGUGUAAUGAACCCGAAGAGUCCGUCGCUGGACUUCUACAUCCCGUCUGUUGAGGAGGUCGCGGGAGUCAAGGUUUACCCGGAUGUGAGCAAAUACCGGUCAGGCGACGAACUUCCCCCCGUGGAGAUUGUGAUCUGCCAAGGCAGUGAAGACCUGACCGUCAAGGUCAGUGACGAGGGUGGAGGCGUUCCACGUAGUCGCUGGAAUAAGCUGUGGCACUACGACUACACCACUAGUCUGUUGUGCCCACCUAUUAACUCGGACAACUACCCAACGUACUGCGAGCACUUCAGUGGGGGCGGCUACGGUUUGCCAAUUGCAAGACUGUUCGCUCGCUACUUUGGUGGAGACGUCGUUUUCAGUUCACAAGAGGGCUCUGGUUCGACAGCGUUUAUCCAAGCACACCGCCUGGGAACGAACAUGGAACGGGUCCCCCGCUGGAAAAGGAUGCAGCCGUCAACUUCAUCACCUCCUCGCUGGCAGAUUCAUCGUUCAAACGCAUGAGCUUGGCAAAUCGCCAGUAGAAUGUAUCCGCUCGUAUUUUAUUAUCAAUGGACAGUAUUAACUUAAACGCUUAAAAUAUUCCAUGUUUUCGAUUC